ACCCCUCAAGUUUUAUGUUAUAUCCUCAUUUUCUCUGUACUUGUACUUGGAGCCAAAUAUAAAACAAGCAUUUAUUGUGACCAUAUUCUGGUAUAGCCUUGCGUCCAUUUUUUAGUACAGUUACAUUUGACCAGUAGUCCAGAGAAUUAAAAUUUUAGGUUAUAUUAUUAUUUUCAUAUUUUAAAAGCAUCAUGAACUCAAAGGAAUCUGACUUGUACUCAAAAUUACGUAGAAUUCAUGGAAUUUCGAUGGAAGUUUUUGCUCCUAAAUUCAAUUUUGCAAAGACAGACUCAGUGUUAGACGUUGGAUGUGGAUCGGGUGACUUCACCUAUCAAAUAGGGGAAUUUGCCAACUCAGUUGUAGGUCUAGAUAUUUCAAAAGACAUGAUUACUUUUGCAAAUCAGAAUAAUCGACCAAAAAACGUGGAGUAUAUAUGUUGUGACGCUCAGGAUUUUGGCGGUAAUGCAUCGUCGUGGAGAAAUAAAUUCGACAAAGCCGUUUCACUGUUUGCCCUCCACUGGGUGGAAAACAGAAAGAUGGCUAUUAGGAACAUUCACAGUUGCUUGAAAGAAGGCGGAGAGGCCUUCAUUAUUGUGAACGGGCCAAUGCAGAAGACGCUAGGAAACAAACCGGAUGAACUUCCAUUCUAUCUGAAAAAUCAUAUGAAAUGGAAAAUGAUUUUACAAAAUUAUGAGCAUGGAAUGCACAAUGAUCUCGAUCUGUCGCAGUGGACAAGGCUACUAGAAGAGGAAGGGUUCGAAAUGCUACGAGGAGAGAUGAAGGAACCAUUUGAAGAACGUACGCUUCCUGACGACAACGAGCUUAAAGGCUACUUGAAAACUCUGAUGGGACAAUUUAGCUAUGUACCAGAGCAGUUUCAUGCAGAGUUGCUUACAGAUGCAUUUGAGUGGUGUAAAAAGGAGCUACCCUUCAACAAACAAGGAAUACAGUACUUCGCUGCAAAUGUAAUUUUCAUUCACGCGAAGAAAAAACCUGCACACAGGGACUAGUUGAAUUUUGCGAGGUUUGUACCACACGCUUUUUCAGUACGUGUGCGUGCUUCAUUGUUAGGGGUUAGUCAAGACAUUCUCAAUACUAACUUGUUUCUAAGCGCAUGCCUAUCGAAUUUUAUAUGAAUUUAGUGAAAAAUAUCUCAAUGAAGGCAGAGGCCUACACAGCAAUAGUAAAAUAGUUAAGUCGACUUAGAUUAACUGUUACUAUUUGGGACGAAAUGGCUCCAAACAUUCUGAACAAAAACUGUAAAUCCAAUUCCUGGUUUGUUGUUUAUUAAAACAUUUGUGGAGAAUAAUUCAGUAUAGGCCUACUCAUCUUUGCAUGAAUAUUUUUGCAUGAAAACAAGCCAUAUAUGAAUAAACAAUCAUCGAUAUAUGAAUAAAUCAAUUAAAUAAAAUAAUCAUUUAUGUAUGAAUAAUGUCUGUGCCCCUGGUUCUUAAUAGGCAGACCACUGGUACUAUUCUUUUCCCCAUACAAUUAAGGCAGAUAUUAUAGAGGGCACUAUUUAAGGUCAUUUAUGUGAACUGAUACAUGAAUAUGCAUAAAUGGCCGCCAAAAUUAAAAUUAUUAGAUAUACAGUAUAUCAUUCGGCUCUGUCAACAUUUUUAGUGGAUUUGUCAUCUCAGACCUAAAACAUAGUAAUAU